AUGAAUAAAAGAGUCGUGUCUGAUGAAAAGCUCCCAAAGAAAUGGAUUGAUGAAAUACAAGAAUUUACCAAGAUUGGAUUUCCAAUUAAAUCAUGGCAAGAACAUCAAUUUCAACAUGUUCAUCUUCCUGCUAUUAAAACGUACCGAGAACAUUAUGGUCAUUUGAUUGUACCUCAAAAAUUUCAAGUUCCGUUCGAUGGAAAAGAAGCAGAACGCUGGCCACGAGCAACAAGAGGAUUGAAACUUGGAAAUGCUGUUUCAAAAUUGCGAAUCCAAGGUGUUAAAACAAUUCAAUUGGAAAAUGAUCCAACAAAACCACGAAGAAAUAUAUCCAAAACUCUACCUCCAAUUCCAAAACAUUGGGUGGAAGAAUUAGAAGCACUUGGUUUUGUUUGGCGAAUUCUUGAUACCAAAUGGUAUGACAUGUUUCUUCCUGGAUUACGAAAAUAUAAAGAAUUAAAUGGAAAUCUUCAUGUGCCUCAAUUGUUUAUAAUUCCAAAGCAUAAAGAUGAUCCAAGGUGGUCGAAAGAGUUAGAAGGUUAUAGAUUAGGACGUCAUGUUCAAAUGAUACGUGAAGGAAAAUACGCGCUACAAGUUCAAGAAUGUCAAGAGGAGCUUCAAGCACUUGGUUUUUCUUAUCGUGUGCAAGAAAAAGUCUGGUGGGGUUGGAUCUUACCAUCUUUACAUGUGUUUAAAGCGGAAUAUCGUCAUUGUGAUGUAGGACAGAAAUUUAUUAUACCUUCGAGAGAUCCAUGGCCUAGAGAAGCAUGGGGAUUUAAACUUGGACAAACAAUUCGAAAUAUUCGACAAGGAGCAUAUGAAGUCGAAGUUCAAAGUUCACUUAAAGAAUUAGAAGAAUUGGAAUUCGUUUGGAAUGCACGAGAUCGUGUGGAGAAGAUGGUUCGUCGAAUUGUCGUGCCAGCUUUAAGUACAUUCCGACAACUUUAUGGUAAUCAUGCUGUUGUGGGAACGGACUUUAUUGUUCCUGAAGGUGAUCUCAAUUGGCCUGAACAAACACGAGGAUUUCGACUUGGUCUUUGGAUUACACGUGUACGAUCUCAAAAGAUUAAAUUGACACCAACAUUGCGAAAAGAAUUAGACAAAGUUGGAUUUGUUUGGCGUUCCAAUGAUCAACGAUGGAAUGAUAUUCUUUUACCAUCUUUUCAAGCUUAUGCUGCGCUUCAUGAUGGUACAUGUGCUUCCAUGAAUACUCGCUUUAUUGUUCCACCUGAACCUCCUUAUCCACAAGCAGCUUGGGGAGUAAAUUUAGGCGGUGCGCUAUGGCAUAUUCGAAAUGGAGAUUCCUAUGUGAAUUGUCAAGAAAAAGCACAAAUUUUACGACAAUUAGGAGUGUUAUCAAACUCAACAGAACGUUCCGAAUAG